AUGGCAAAGCCAGCUCCAAAGCCACCGCGAUGCAGAGUGACCUUCAAGUCUCCACCUGCAGCCAGUGUCGCCAAGAGCGGAAAGACAAAGAAGGAGAAGAAAGUCCCAAAGUGUAUGGACCCACGUUUCCAGAAGGCUCCCAAAAACAAGGCACCUGUCAAGGAGGAAAAGCAUGAAAGCAAAGUGGCCAGGAAGGACAAUCGCCCAAAGAAGGAUCCAAAAGUGAAGGAAGUGACAAAGGAAGAGAAACAAAAGCGUUGUAGGGAGUCAAGCCAACAGUCACCUGCAGCCAGGCCUUCAGCCUUGAGAAAUGGGGGCAAAGCUGCUGCUGCGAGCAAAUCCAACGCGGCCAAGAACGAGAAAGACCUUAAGGACAAGAAGGAAGUGUCCAUGGGAAAGGACAAGAAAACAAAGGUUGACAAGCAUGUCAUGAGCAGCAUGCAAGCGUUGAAGCGAAAGCUUGAGGAGCAAAGGAAGGUAGAGGAGGAGGAGAGUGAUGCAUCCAGUGGUGAGGAGAGUGAUGAUUCCAUCAAUGAGCAGCUAGAGAAGUUGAUCAAACAGAAGAACGGGCAAGCUAGCGGGAAAGCUUCUGCGCCUGAGCUUGAAGAGGAAGCAGACAGCCAGUCU